UCGUUUCUUCGAGCGUUGGCUGGUUUUGUGUUUGUAGCUGCUCUGAGGUUGAAACCAUGAAACCAUUUUCAGACUCUGUGUUCUGCAGCUUUAUCUCUGACAUGAUCUGACCAGUGGAAACUUUCAGGCAUUUCUUUACAAACCUUCAUCAAGACCCCAGUCGCCGCCGUGUCAUCCAUUCACACCAGUAAAAGGCAGCUGGGAGCAACAGUUCGAUCCCAGCAGAGAUCCGGUCGGCUUCAGAUCCCAAACAAACGGACGACUUUCACCGUCAGGGGGAAAAUGUUUCUGGCCAUCGUGGCGGUUUGGAUCGUCUUCUCUGCAUCUGCAGGGUCGUCGUUUGCAGCGAAAUGUUUCGUUUGUCCUCCCUGCUGCAUUGAGGGGUCGGAGAAGGCCGACCUGGAAAACUUCGAGUGUUUCGAACAAAAAGCAGGAAAUGCCUGCCACAAACACUUCUUUUUGAUCAUCUCUGCUAACGGUUUGCCGCUGUGCAUCAAGCCAAACUCCCAGUGGCUCCAGCAGAAGAUAAAAAACGAAAACUUGAAGUGUCUUCCUACUGACGCCAUGCAGCACAAAAAUCACAAGAGUGAGAAGUUUCUGAAGAAACAAAACUACUGAAAAGCUUCUUUGCUGCAGUCUGAACGGCUGCAAUGUCAGUGAAAAGGUUUUGCUUCUUUAGUUAAAAAGUUUUGCAUGUUUGUAAAACAACUUCUCCUUGGAUCUGCAACAACAAAAGGAUUUCAGCUUUGAGAAAAAUCAGAAAUAAAGUAAAUCAGUUGAAAUGUU